AUGGAGAUGCUGGCGAGCGCCUCGGAGGGCGUCAUGGGCGCCCUCGCCGAGAAGCUCAAAGCGCUCCUUGGCAACGAGUACGCGCUCCAGGCCGGCGUGCGUGGCGACAUCAGCUUCGUCCAGUCCGAGCUGCGGAGUACGCACGCCUUCCUCCUGGACCACGCGAGCAUCGGUGGGGAUACCUGCCAUGGUCAAACACUUCGUCUCCACUCUCAUGGCUCGCCGCAAGAUCGCCGAGCAAAUGGGCGGCCACCGAGCCGGGCGCUCGAGGUGAGCGAUCGGCGCAAGAGGUGUGACCUCUCGGUGCCCUCCGACGCUCCCAGCCCCGCUGUCGAGUUGCCGCCCACGGCAUACGCUGAGACGACCAAUCUGGUUGGCAUCGACGGCCCACGCGAUGAGGUCAUUGGUAAGCUUAUGAGUGUCAGAACAAAUCAUGCAUCUGGCCGCCGUCGCGUGGCCUCCAUGGUUCGAUUUGCCGGCGUGGGAAAGUCCACCCUGGCCAUGGCCGUGUACGAAAGCCUCGAAUGCCAGUUUCAGUGCCGAGCAUUCGUCACCGUGUCCAGGAAAUUUGACAUCAGAAGGGUUCUCAAGGACAUGCUACAGCAGGUCAUGAUCAGUACUGGGAGUUCCUCCAUGCUGGAUCCGGCCAUGUCAGGUGUUGAGACAUGGGAGGUCAGGCAGUUCGCGGACAAGCUCAGAGAUAAUCUGCAGGACAAGAGGUGA